UAUUGAGGAAACAAAUGGAAAAGACUGCCAUCGCAAUCUUGAUCAUUGGAGCUGCUCUCCUUGCCUACCAGCCAACUAUUGACUAUCUCUCUGAGAAAUUCCCAGAAACUCUCGGUAACUGCAGAUGUGACUCAGUCAGAGAUAUGGUUGCUUGGGCUGAAGGAAACAGACUUUGUAUGUACCGUGACUCCCUUGGUAUCCCUACUAUUGGUAUUGGAUUCAACUUACAGAGAGGAGAUGCCAGAAAACUCAUCACUAAUGUUGGCGCCAACUUUGACAGAGUUCUCUCAGGAGCUGACUGCUUGACUCAGGUCCAAGUUAACAAUCUUUUCAACAAUGAUUUAGUGUGGGCAAGAAGAGGAGCCCAGAACUGUAUCAGCGGAUUUGCUGGACUCCAUAAUUGCGUCCAGAAUGUUGUUAUCGACAUGACAUUCAACAUGGGAGAGAGAGCUCUCUGCGGAUGGCCAAUCUUCGCUGGUCAACUCAGCAGAAGAGAGAAUGUUGCAGCUGCUAACAACAUGAAGUCUACCAGAUGGUGUGGACAAGUCGGCAGAAGAUGCACAAGAAACACUGACCUUGUCAGGAACUGCUAAUUUUUUGAUGAGUACUUCAGUCCUAUUCCGCUUCUAUCCUUUUCUGUU